AUUCAUUCUCACAAUUUCGGUGUAUUUUAUGCGGUGUCAGAUAUAUAGUAUAGUAUGGUAUUGUAUUUGUGUGUCAAAAUACUAUUGAUCCUAUUCUAUAGUACAUUUAAUAUUUUUGGGCUGAAUAUACUUAAGCACUUUAUAAUGUUGACUUAAUAUAUAGGAAAAACAAGAACAAAUGAUUAGCAUAGUAGUUAGUAGUAAGGAUCCGAAGUAGUAGUAGUGUCAAGUAGUUAAAGCUAAACAUAGUGAUCAUGAUGAUGAUUCUGAAUCUUCACUGAGACAAAUUCAUUGUUUCUUUCUCUUUCUCAAACUCAAUCUUCAUUCAUUCAUUCAUUCUUCACCAACAACACCACCAUGCAAAUCUAAAUUCAACAAACUUCCAACCUUAAUCACUGUCUGUCUAUGUUUGUAUGUCACUGUCUCAAACUUUAACAACAGUUUCAUAAAUCAAACUUCACUCUUUUUUAGUUUAACAUCUUCAUCACUUUCACUCUCUUCAUUCAUUCAUUCAUACAACACUUUCUCUUUCUUUCUUCUUCUUCUUCUUUCUUGACCCAUUAAAGAGAGGAAAAAAAAGAGUUUAAUUUUAGAGGGUCCUACUGGUGUUUAUAUUUUUGUUAGCAACAACAGUCUCUAUCAAUGAUUUGGGUGGUGGUGUGUUGUGUUUACUCUAUCAUCAAUUGACCCACCCAAUCAAUAUCAAACUUUCUUAUUGUUCCUUAACAUUUUUCUUAUCUAAUUAAUAACCAAAAUCUCAUCUUCUACUUCACAUUUUUCCAGUCUUUUUCAUCACUAGCAACUCCAUUUUUCAAUUCAAAACCUAAAUAACGGAUCUCAUUCUUAUGAGGAAACCUUCAACAAUUGUGGAUGUGUUUCUGGUACUUGCAUUGUUGUGUUGUAGCUCAUGGAAAGUGUGGAGCAUCACACUUUGCAAAGAGACAAACUUGGACAAAGUUAGACCUCAUAGUGUCAGUAUUACUGAAUUUGGUGCUGUUGGCGACGGGAUCACUCUCAACACAAAAUCGUUUCAGAAUGCGAUUUUCUACCUAAAUUCUUUUUCAGACAAAGGUGGAGCCAAGCUUUUUGUUCCAGCCGGUAGGUGGUUAACCGGUAGUUUUGAUCUCAUUAGCCACCUAACUUUGUGGUUGGACAAGGAUGCAGUAAUUCUUGGAUCAACGAACUUCGAGGAUUGGCCGGUUGUUGAUCCUCUACCGUCUUAUGGACGAGGAAGGGAGUUGCCGGGUGGGAGACAUAGGAGCCUCAUCUAUGGAAGCAAUUUGACUGAUGUUAUCAUAACAGGUAACGAGGGAAUUAUUGAUGGUCAAGGGAGUAUCUGGUGGAGCAAGUUUAGAAACAAAACUCUGGAUUAUACACGUCCGCAUUUGGUAGAAUUGAUAAAUUCAACCGGGAUUCUCAUUUCAAAUUUAACAUUCUUGGAUUCUCCAUUUUGGACAAUUCAUCCUGUAUAUUGCAGCCAAGUCACAAUUCAGAAUGUCACAAUUCUUGCUCCUCUCGAUUCACCAAAUACAGACGGGAUUGAUCCAGACUCUUCUGAUGAUGUGUGCAUUGAAGACUGUUAUAUAAGCACUGGUGAUGAUUUGAUUGCCAUCAAAAGCGGAUGGGACGAGUAUGGAAUUGCAUUUGGUCGUCCGAGCACAAAUAUCGUCAUCCACAGGCUUGUUGGGAGAACUCGUACAAGCGCAGGGAUAGCUAUUGGAAGUGAGAUGUCGGGCGGUGUAUCAAAUGUUCGUGCUAAAGAUAUACACUUUUAUGAUUCAUAUUCUGCAAUCAGAAUAAAGACUUCACCCGGAAGAGGCGGUUAUGUUAGAAACGUCUAUGUCUCUAACAUGACAUUGACUAAUGUUGAUAUUGCUAUUAGGUUCACCGGUUCAUAUGGUGAACAUCCAGAUGAUGGUUAUGACCCAAAUGCUCAACCGGUGAUUGAAAGAAUUACUUUCGAGGACGUGACAGGAGAAAAUAUAACAAAAGCAGGUCUUAUAGAGGGUAUAGAAGGUGACAAUUUUGUGGAUAUCUGCUUAUCAAAUAUCACCCUUAAUGUGAGCUCAAACUAUCCAUGGAACUGCUCUAAUGUUAGAGGAUACUCUGACAAGGUUUUGCCGGAAGCUUGUGAACCGCUAAAAGAGAGAAUAUUUCCUGACCAUUGUUCGGACUGUUACCAUUUGUCGAAUCAUCGACAAAGUUCAAAUAAUCAAAACAUAGGACAAAAAUUUCACUUGACAUAAGAAGUUGAGUGGAGUUGCUGAUCUGAUAUGUUCAUCUGCAGAAAGAUAUACCGAGAGCGAUGAUUGUUUCUUGUAACGUUGUGUGCAGUGGCAAAUAAUCGAGUGAUUUAUCAGAAAAAAAAAAAUAGGAAGUUGAAUUAUUUCAUGUCCUGCUUUUCUAGCUACCUUUGGCUUUGGCAAAGAAAAAAAAAUGAAAGUUUUGUGUCUCCCCUUUAGGUUGUAAGGGAAAUAUAGUGUGUUUGUUGGUAGAGGUGAGAUAUAGUUAUUCUUCUGACACAGUUCCCUUUUGCUACAAUGUUGUUGGACAUUGAAGAUUUUGCACAAGUUGGAGGCAGGUGUUUGUUUGAAUAAGGAAUCCAAUAAACAAACUUCCUAGAAAGGUGGAAUCUAAUCAAUUACAUCCUUUUUUUUU